UUAUGUCAACCAUCUUCUCCGAGAAAUAUAUAUUUUGUUAAUCAUUUACUAAUCUAUUGUGGUUGAUGUAAGCGACUUCUAGCGACUUAAUUCGGUCAAGGACUGUAACCAAGCCUAGAAAUUUCGGCGUGGUCCAUGCGUUGACUUCCAAGCCAGUUACCAAGAUGUCGAUGCCAGCCGACCAGAUAAAACUCCUGCAGGAGUUCACACAGUUGUGCAAAGUCAACUCUGACAUCCUCCAUGUACCAGAACUGGCUUUUUACAGAGAGUGGCUAAAAGGUAUGGGAGCCACUAUUCCUCCUCUCUUGGCAAAACCUAAGGCUGAGGCUCCUCCAAAAGCAGAGCCUACUCCUGAACCAGAACCUAAGAUGGAGGAAGAGGGAGAACCAGAAGAGGAAGAUGUAGAGAGUGACGUUGAUCUUGACGAGUCUGGUGUAAUAAAAGACGACGAUGAUGAGCUCCCAGAAUAUGCUGAUGAGAACGAAGAAGUAACAGAAGAAAUGAUAGAUAUAGCAAAUGAUCGACGCAACGAGGCCAUGGAUGCUGCAAAUGAUGGUCGGCUAGAGGAGGCAUUGAAGCUGUACUCUGAAGGCAUUAAGAACAACCCCUUGUCUGCCGCCAUGUAUGCCAAGAGAGCUCGGGUAUUUAUUCGGCUCGACAAACCCAAGAAAGCGAUUCACGACUGUACAAAAGCCAUAGAUCUGAAUCCCGACUCGGCUCCUGGUUACAAGUGGCGGGGGAAGGCAUACAGGAUGUUGGGUCAGUGGGAGAAUGCCUACCAUGACCUGACACUCGCGUGCAAGCUGGACUACGACGACGACGCUAAUGCCCUGCUCCACGAUGUAACCCCCAAUGCCAAGAAGAUCAUGGAGCAUAAUCGCAGAUAUGAGAGGAAGAGAGAAGAGAAGGAUUUGAAGGCACGCAAGGAGAAAAUCCGCAAAGUCCGAGAGGAAUACGAACAGCAGAAAAAGGAACAGAGCCAGCAGAGCGGAGGGACCGGUGCAGAGGGAUUUCCUGGGGGUUUCCCUGGUGGUUUCCCAGGUGGCGGCGGCAUGGCAGGCAUGCCUGAUCUCAGCCAGUUGCUCAGUGACCCCGAACUCAUGCAGGCUUUCCAGGACCCUGAAGUUGUCCAAGCAUUCCAAGACGUCGCCGCCAACCCAGCCAAUGUCUCCAAGUACCAGAAUAACCCCAAAGUGCAGGCUGUCAUCAACAAGAUGGCUUCCAGGUUUGGCGGCGGUGGCGGUGGCGGCGGCGGCGGCGGCAGCGGGGAUGGUAGUGGUGAAGCAGGAAGCCCCGGGGGACCAGGGGGACCGGGAGGAGCAGGUGGAGGGUUCCCAGGGGGAUUCCCUGGGGGAUUCCCAGGCCCAAGUAUGUCUUAAACACCCUGACUUCAGUCCAAGAGCGCCACCAGUAUCAGAGAAUGGUGUUGACUGUGGACAAUCGACGUAUUUUAUACAGUUUCUUAAUGAUCUGUACAAGGAGCUUCCUUAUCAAUACAGAUAGAACACUUUGAUGAAGAUUUUUAAGUUGAUUUUCUACCUUAACGUUAUAUGUUAUGGAUAUUGUUAUGUUUUUGAAAAUGUCAAAAAUAUAAAAUUAUCAGCUGCUCUGGUUUAUUUCUCUCAUCUUUAGCAUCAAAUCUCAAGUAAUGAAUUGAUUGCAUUGAUUGCAAUUAAUGCAUGAACAUUCACAAAAACAUUGAUGCAUAUGAUGCUUGAAUAUUUGCCAUACUCUUCUGUCAUGUGUCUAUAAGAUAUUGCUCAUGGUGAUGCAACAGUAUUUUCAGUUAAAGUCUUUGUUGUAAUUCCCCUUUUCGUAUUCAAAAUGUGAAGAAAAUUGUCCUUAAAACCAUGGGUCUUAGAAAUUCACUCUCACUUAUUGUUACACAAAAUAUCAGUGUAAAACUAAACAAAUUUGCAUUGUUUGUAGAGAAUAGCAACUGAAUCAUGCCUGAUCUUAUACCACUAACAAAACUAUUAAAAAAAUUAAAGACCACAUGAUUCUUUCAUAUUACUGUUAUAUGAAAGAAUUGUGUGGUCCUUAACUAGGUAUUUGGAGUAGUAUAUUUGUUGUAUUAAUGUUAGUCAUUGCCUCUGUUUCAGAUACUUGGACAUAGCUUGUAUCUUGAUGGUUGUGAUGAAAUCAUUUUUUUUUCUAAAUGAAAAUUGAUUUUUUUAUUUUUUUUUAAGAAAAUGUUUUGAACAUUGUGUUUUAAUUACCAAACUAGGAUUUUUUCCAUGAAAAUAGAUGUUUUCAAUUUGAGGUUUGUUACUUUGAUUUGAAACCUUUUAAUUUAAUUUGAAAAUAGAAACUGCUAAGCCAAUAAAAACUUGCUUUGUAAAUUGUGGUUUCUCAUAUGUUCAUCAAUCAUAUUCUCUGUUGUCAAUAUGUUAAUUGUCUUGAAUAACAAAUCAGUUUGGAUUGUAUCAAAUAUUUGUUACAAUUUCAAACCGGUCAUGCUCAUUAGACAUAAUUUAUCCUUUUGGAUCGUGUUUUCAAUGGUUCAGUAAUAGACUAUAGAUUUUGUUUGUUCUAAAAGUUUUAGAAACAUUUCAAGUUGAAUAUACUACAAACAAAAGGUUGAGGAUCACCCGAUUCUUUCAAUUGGAAUAUGAAAGAAUCGAGUGGUGCUUAAUGUUUUUUUAAUAGUAUAGCUUUACUCUUCUUGCACUUUCCUUGGUUUGUGUACUUGUUUAUGCAGGUAUCCAGGAACCGCUGUAUCGCUUUCAGAAGUUGUAUAUAUAUAUAUCGGUAUAUUUCCUAGAAAUAUUGUAUAUCAUUACACUGUCUAGCUGUUCAUUACAUUAGAGGUUUCUGUUAGAAUUGCAUCUAUGAUGUUCUGUAGUUCACUAUUCACGUUUGUAAUAAAAUAAACAAAACCUUUGAAAGUUA